CGUGGGAGAGCUCACAGGGGCAGUCCGCCGCCGGCAGAGAUCAUGUCCAAGGACUGGGGCUACGCCAACCACAACGGUCCAGAUCACUGGCAUGAAUUUUUCCCCAAUGCAAAAGGAGACAACCAGUCACCCAUUGAGCUGCAUACCAAGGACGUCAGGCACGACCCCACCUUGCUGCCAUGGUCAGCAUCUUAUGAUCCAGGCUCUGCCAAGACCAUCCUGAACAAUGGGAAGACCUGCCGAGUUGUAUUUGAUGAUACUUAUGAUAGAUCAAUGCUGAGAGGUGGUCCUCUUUCUGGGCCCUACCGCCUUCGCCAGUUCCAUCUCCACUGGGGCUCCUCGGAUGAUCAUGGCUCCGAGCACACUGUGGAUGGAGUGAAGUACGCAGCUGAGCUUCAUUUGGUUCACUGGAAUCCAAAGUAUAACACUUACGGAGAAGCUCUGAGGCAGCCUGAUGGAAUCGCUGUCGUUGGUGUUUUUCUGAAGAUAGGACGUGAGAAGGGGCCAUUUCAGAUUUUCCUUGAUGCAUUAGACAAAAUUAAGACAAAGGGCAAGGAAGCACCCUUCACACACUUUGACCCCUCCUGCCUGUUCCCUGCUUGUCGGGACUACUGGACCUACCGUGGCUCCUUCACCACGCCGCCCUGCGAGGAGUGCAUCGUGUGGCUACUGUUGAAGGAGCCCGUCACUGUGAGCUCAGACCAGAUUGCCAAGCUGCGGACCCUCCUCUCCAGUGCUGAGAACGAACCCCCAGUGCCCCUCGUGAGGAACUGGCGUCCCCCACAGCCCAUCAAAGGCAGGGUAGUGCGAGCCUCUUUCAAGUGAGGCCUCUGGAGCUUGCCCUCUUCAGGAUGGGAACCCUGCUAUCGGCGAGCGUGGUGCCUUGUCUCCUGGUGCUUCCUCGUCCAAGUCUUUCAUUUCUCUCCCUGUGCAAGGAAUGUGGAAAAUGUAAUCACCAAGAAGCCAAAGUUACUUUUGAGAAGCUCAGAUGUGAAACCACAGAUUUCACCUUUGACCUUUGUAAUAGUCACCUUUCCUAUGAAAGUACCAUUUCUAGUAAAGUUUUGAAGAAGAAACAACUGGGAGUGUAUAUGUGCGUGUGUGUGUGUGUGUGUGUACAUAUACAUACAUACAAAUAUAUAAAGGUUAUUGGGCAUCAUUUUUUGAUUAUCUUAACUUUUGCAAAUGUUCAGUUUUCCUAUUUUCAUGUUAUAACAUAUUCAUUCUCAAGCAAUAAUGAGUAAUUCUAUAUUAGAUAGGAGUAGAUUUGUAUGAAGAUUUUAUAGCAAGUUACCAUAGAUGAGAAAUUAAAAAUGACUGUGGAUACCACACACAAUGGACCUUGUGUUAUUUAAGAAGGAAAUCAUACCUAUUGAAAAUUUAGCUAUUAAAGUUACCUAGUUUUGAUUUUCAAGAAAGAAAAAUAACAAUAAUUUUAUAAAUCUUGGUCCUGAAUUUUAAUUUCUUCUUCAUAAAGUUGGUUGACUCUGUCAGUAAUUUUCUUUCCCUGAAGGAGGGCCAUCUGUUUUUUAAAUGUUACCACUUUUGUCUUUGCAUGCCUAUAAAAGUUUAAAAAACCUGGCUGUGAGAUCUUUUCAAUUCAAGGCUGGGAUUAUCGUUUCCUAAAACAUGGAGUGAAUGAUGACACUUAA